AAACUUCCCUCUGUUUCUCAGCAAUGGAGGUUUCCAAUCCCAACUGUGAUCUUGCUCCUUGCAUAGAAGUUCCUCUUCCUCGCUCGGUGCUGGAAUUGCUGGAGCGAAUCUGCGCCGAGCGCAGCCAGCCGCCGCCGGACGCCGAGCUGAGGCGAAAACUGGCUUCCGCCGGAGAAGACGAGGCUCUUCGGGUCCUCCGCACCAUCGCCGACUGCAAAACCAAAAUCAAGAGCCUCCAUGGAUUCGUCACUUACUUGCUCCGCCAGCAGCCGCCGCCACCGUCGCUGUCGUCCCCUUCUCGCUCUCCCGUUCCGGAAAACAGCCGUCCUUCGAGUUCUCCGGGCACUUUCGCCAAUUCGCAAGCUCAAAUGGAGGCUUUGGGCGAAUUGGAGUUCAGGAAGCAGUUCCUGAUACUCAAUUACAUAGGCAGAAAUGAGCUUCAGAGCGUCACAACGGCUGAAGAAAUCAGGAGUCUAAAGAAUCUCUCCAUGGUACAGUUCGAAAAGCAAGUAUGGCAACGCUUUGGCGAAAAGUAUGUUGACCAGGAAGACCGUCGCAUUUAUCAUGAUUGGGAUUCUGGAAAAACACACAUCUAUCGUUGUCAUGUCUCUCCAGAAGGGAGUUUUAGAUUCAAGGGCCCUUAUCUAGAAAAACCAAAAAAACACUUACAAAAGGUUCUAGGGGAUGAUAACGUUUUGAUGGUCAAAUUUGCUGAGGAGGAAGCUGAAAGAUUUUCUAUUGGCUCACGUGAUCAUUACUAUGCUGGAUAUAGCAAAAUAUGCAGAGAAGGCAUUUUGGUCGGAUUACGCCGAUACUGCUUCUUCGUUUUUAAAGAUGGUGGAAAGGAAGAGAAGAAGAAAGAUCCAACAUCGUCGCCUGUGAAGUGUUUUUUCAUUCGCAUCCAUUCAGAUGCAUGUAUUGAUCAGAAUGUAUCUUAUAUUUUGUCUGGUAGAACAAUUUCUGAGGCAAGGAAGCUGUUUAUGCACGCACAUACAGUAUCUAGUGUGUCCAACUAUAUGAUUAGGUUUUCACUUAUUUUAUCCAACACACUGAGCCUUAAAAUUGAUCUAUCCUCUGUAAAUAUCGAUAUAAUUGAAGAUGAGUACUGCCAGGACGAAUCUGGCAACCCUAUAUAUAGAGAUGGAAAACCACUUAUAUAUACAGAUGGGACUGGGUUCAUCUCUGAGGAUUUAGCUUUGCUGUGCCCUAAGAAUUUAGAGAAAUGGAAACGUAUUAAUGACAACAAUAUUGAGAUAAUGCAUAAUCAAGACGGGCAUGUGGAAAAUGUUGCAGAAAUGGGACAUCAUGGAACUGAGACACUGGAGCCACCUAUGUUGAUACAGUUCCGUAUGUUUAAUAAAGGCCGUGCAGUUAAAGGGACCUUUCUUGUGAACAAGAAGCUUGAACCAAAAACAAUCAAGAUUCGCCAUUCAAUGGUUAAAGUUGAGCCAGAUCGAAAAUUGUUGAUUAAUCAGACAUCAGACUCGCUAGAAAUAGUUGGAACAAGCAACCCUCCAAAGAAAACAUGUUUGUCAAGGUGUUUAAUCGCACUCCUAAGUCAUGGAGGCGUCCCAGAUGAUUAUUUCAAGGGUUUACUUUGGAACGCUUUGAGAGAAUCUCAUGGUGCUUUCAACGAUAAGCGUACUGCAAUCAGAGUUGCUAUUAACCGAGGGAGUAUAGACGAUGAUUCUACUGUUGCAAGAAUGAUAUUGUCUGGUAUACCUCUUGAAGAACCGUAUUUGCAACAUCGUCUGUUUGUGCUAGUGAAGGAGGAGAGGAAGAGCCUCAGAGGGGGGAGACUACACGUAGAUGACUGUUUUUAUUUAAUGGGGACAGCCGAUCCCACUGGAAAACUUGAACAUGACGAAGUUUGCAUUGUUCUUGCUAAUGGACAAGUUUCUGGGAAGGUACUGGUUUACCGUAAUCCCGGCUUACACUUUGGGGACAUUCAUGUUUUAAAGGCUACUUAUAUAGAGGAAAUGGAGUCUUUUGUUGGGAAUGCAAAGUAUGCCAUAUUCUUCUCAAAGAAAGGUCCGAGAUCAAUUGCUGAUGAGAUGGCUGGCGGUGAUUUUGAUGGCGAUAUGUUCUGGGUCUCAAGAAACCCUGAGCUGUUGAAAUAUUUCAAGCCCAGUGAUCCAUGGAUCAAAAAAUCCUCAACGGGAAAGGUUAAGAGUAAACAACCAAUUGAUUUAUCAGAUAGAGAAUUGGAAGAUGAGCUGAUUAAACUGUUCCUAACGGUUAGGUUUAAACCAAGUUUUGCCAAGAGUGAGGCUUCAGAGGGUUGGCUCGCACUGAUGGAUCGUUUUCUAACUCUGGGAGAUGAUUGUGUUGCUGAGAAGAAUGCUGUCAAGGACAAUUUAUUCGAGUUAGUUGAUAUUUACUAUGACGCAUUAGACGCUCCAAAGCAAGGAGGAAAGGUGGAAGUUCCCAGAGAGUUGAAGCCAAAUAGAUUCCCUCAUUAUAUGGAAAAGCAAAAUUCUUUUCAUUCCAGGUCCAUUUUGGGGUGGAUCUAUGAUGAGGUGGAUGCAUAUCAACUGGAGGAUCAUUCAAACAAAGAGAUCUUCAAGCUGCCUCAUUUCGAGGUUGAAGUUCCCGAAGCUUGCUUGACAAAAUGGAAGGCACACUAUAAAGAUUAUAGGGAUGACAUGUGUGAUGCUUUGCUAGCUAAGGACGUGGGAAAGACAGAAGCCGCUGAAGAGGUCAAAAGGAAGUACAAAAGACUACUAUAUGGUGCUGAGGAACUUGAAGAGAGUACUAAGAAGAUGGAAGAGAUUUAUAACGAGGCACUCGCCAUAUAUCACGUGUGUUACGACUAUGCCAUAAGUCAACGUAAAGUCAGUUACUGCAGCUUCGCGUGGAACAUUGCAGGUUCAGCUUUGUUAAAGCUUCACGCCUUCAAAAAAAUUGGUGAAAGGGCAUUUUUCUGCCUUCCAUCAGUUUUGAAGGAGGUUCUCUAAUUCCACCUGAAUAGUGUAUUAAUACGGUUAACGUUUAUGGUAUAAUCUAAUUAGCUAUAUACGCAAUCCAGAUGUACUAACUAACUCUAUAUAUACGAGCAAAAAACUAUCUACUAUGUAUGCAGAGAGUGUGGGAGAAUUGCAGGUCAUCAAAGAUCUCAAUCACACGUAUUGGAUAUAUUUGUAUUGUAUUUACGAGCAAUGAAAUUAUCUUUCUAUACUAAUGUAACACCCAUUUUUCUAA